AUGACUGAAAGUGCCGACGCGGACGAGCAGGUGCCGGUCGAAGAUCUGACACCUGAGGAGGCGAGCCGCAUCAUCCACUCGCAUCGGAAAGUUCGGUAUGGGACCGCGUGUUGGCCGUGCCGCCAGCGCAAGGUGAAGUGUGACAACCAGCAGCCUUGCGAGAACUGCGUCAAGCGCGAACACCCUCAGCUCUGUUCAUACAAGCCGAAUCGAUCAUCGGCGGGCAAGCACGCCGCCACUGCUUCUCACAGCCGCAAGAGGGCGCGCUCACUCUCUGAUGGAGAUGACAAUGUGAAAGCCGAGCGCGGGGAUAGCUGGCCACCAACAAUUGGCAUCUCCACCAACCAAGAGGAUGCUGAAUCAGUACCUGAUCGCUAUGUCGGACAAAACAGCAUCCCGGCUUUGCUUGGAGAGCAAUCGCCAAAUGACAAGGACGAUGGAACCAGUAUCCGCCGGGACAUGCGCUCCAUCCUGGGGCUUGAUACCUCGGCGCCCUUUCCUCUCAUGUCAUCUCAUCACCUUCAACGAAUUGCUCGAGAUAUCGCUACCGAAUUGCCGUCAGACAGAGAGGUCAUGAAGCUGUUCCGUACCUACAAAGAAAUUCCGCAACCUUUCUGGGGCUUUGUCAUUGAUAUCGACGAACUUGAAUCUGACCUCAUGAUAUACUUGGAGGAUCGAUCUCGAAGUGCUUCGAAGACUGGCAGAUCAUCAAAACCGGUGACAGCUUCCUGGCUUGCGAUUCUCUUCGCAGUCUUGGCGGUUGGGUCCCAGUACCAUGAAUCGCCGUAUCACGUUCGCACAAAGGAUUCGCAAAAGUACAUCCAAAUCUCCUUCCAUUUGCUCCGGCUAGCAAACUUUUUGUUAAGACCAUCGUUUGACUCGAUCCAAGCGUUACUGUUGACCAACUUUGUUCUUCUCAAUGACAUGAAAGCUGAGGCAUCGUGGGCUCUCACGGGCCUUACAUGCCGUCUCGCCCAGUCCUUGGGUCUACAUCGCCCGGCAAUUCGUGGCAGCCGCGAAAGCUCACCCCUCGCCGCCAAGUCCAAGGAGAUGAUUCGACGCAGGCUAUGGUGGACAUGCGUGUGGCAUGAUGCCUUGACAUCUCUAUCAUUUGACCGGAGCUCAAUGACGAAUAUCCCGAGCUGUCCAAUUCCUCAGAUCGUGGACGCAGCCAUUGGAAACUACACCUACUUGGAAAUGAUGUACAACCUCGUCGAGAUCAUUUCGCGCCGACUCAACCCCGAUGUGAUGGCUACCGCCAGCUACGAACAGAUUAUUGAAAAUUGCGAGGCGGUCGAAGAGCUACGUAAACGUGCGGCCCCCCAUAUGCAGGACAAGGAAAAAUGCAAGACAGCGUUGGACCGGCUCCAAUUCUUUGCCAUCCACCUGCAUACGUCCUUUGUCAUAUCUGUGGCGUGUCGACCGGCACUUCGAAGGGACUGUCCCUUUGACCCAGCUCAAAAAGCAGCUCUCUCGGAGAAGUGCAGGGUCAACUUGACCGACACGGUCAAGAUGUUCCUCGCCAUGCAUCAGCUUUCGGUAAUCCCGACGCGAAGCUGGGCCUUUACUUACCACGGUCUAUCGUCAGCUUUGCUGCUUGGUCUCCUUUCCGAUACCAAGUCGGACCCUGAAGUGCGACAGCUCCAGGGAGAUCUAAUUGAAGCUCUUUCUGCAACGGCAGCCAAGGAUGUUAGCUCCCCAGAGGCUCAUGUAGCCAAGACAGAUAAGGACAUCGAGCUCUCAGGUCCCCUGUGGAGAGCACUUACCGCACUCAAAAACAUCUACGACCAUGGCCAAGUCAACAUGUCGAGCCUUAAGCGAGAUGGUGACAUGUCUGCCGCUGCCAGCGGUAAUCGAACUCCCUUGCUGCAUCUUGGACUGAAUAGCCAGGGCAAUUAUAAUGCCAUGAUUUCGAAUCCUUCGUUCCGCCCCUUGCCGCCGGGUGCAGAUCCUCGCGAAGACGCGGCGAUGGCCAUGGCCGAGAUGCAGAACGGCUCAUCGAUACAGGACAUGUCUGCGAUGAGCUAUCCUCAGCAAAUGCCUGGCAAUCUUGCUAUGGAUGGCAUCCCGCCUAUCGUCGACCCGAUGCAAUUCAAUGCUCCUAUGGAACUCUACGAUUCUAUCUGGGUUGAAUCUCCCCCUGACCCGUGGAACACCGGCAUGGAUGCCUUCAAUUUCGACUUCUUGGCACAGCCGCCACCUGGUCAAAAUCACCAGCAGCAGUACUACUUUUAA